AUGCCCGUAAAGCUUCAACUGUCUGAUAAGCAAAUCUCUUAUUCGGACGUGAAGGACGACGAAUCGAAUGUAUUACACAAACUUACGGCGUGGGAUCGACGGUGCAAAUUCUUCAAUCACCUAUAUCGAAAUCAGAAUAUUCUUCGUGCAGUUACUGCGCAUCAUCUUGGAUUGAAUGUCAAACUAUGCAAAGUAUCAGAACCAGAAGAGUGGAUUUAUGGCAGCUUCAAUCUAUGUAUUCCGGUCUUUAUCUCUAGUAACAAAGGGCAACCAACAGAACGGGUUAUUAUUCGAUUUCCACUACCGUAUAAGGUAGGCGGCCCAGAAAAUGCGGACGAAAAGCUUCGUUGCGAGGCUGGCACCUACAUCUGGCUUCAGCAAAACUGUCCAUCCGUCCCAAUCCCUCGCCUAUAUGGAUUCGGACUCUCGACGGGUCAGAGGUUUACUGCCAUCGAGAAACUACCUCUCCUUCGCCGGCUGGCACACGAUUUCUAUCACCGACUACGAAACUGGCUGAAGCUCCCCGUCCCUUCGAGAUACAUUCGUCAUCGAGGUGCAAGCUUUGACUCCUUGGGUUGCGGCUAUCUUUUGAUCGAUUAUAUAGAAAAAAACGAGGGUGAAAUGCUGUCAUGCACAUGGAACGAGAGGUAUCAAGAGAAGGGACUGCGCAGGAACCUCUUUCGAAGCUUAUCCCGGAUCCUGUUGAACAUCGCUCAAGUGCCACUUCCGCGCAUUGGUUCCUUCACCGUGGACAAUAACGGAUUCUUACAUUUAGGCAACAGGCCACUGUCGCUGGUAAUGCAUCAGCUUGAGAAUGAGCAGAUCCCCGUGGAUAUCCCUCGUCAUCUAACCUACACUUCCGCAGACUCAUAUGUGAUAGACAUACUCAAUUGUGUACACGAUAGUCGGUUACGCCAUCAACCAAACGGCGUCAGCGACACUGGUGACUGUAUCUACCAGAUGUCGGCUCUGGCCGCCAUGAAAGCUACCUUAUCACUCUUCCUACGACGCGACCUCCGCCAUGGACCUUUUGUUUUCAGCCUGACCGAUUUACAUCAGAGUAACAUUUUUGUUGAUGAAAACUGGAAUAUCACCUGUCUUAUUGAUCUUGAAUGGGCUUUCUCCUGUCCCGUCGAGAUGAUUCACCCUCCCCGCUGGCUAGCGAAUCAGGCAAUCGACCAGAUGGACGAGAAGAAAUACGACCCCCUCCGUCACGAGUUUCUAGAUGUUUUGGAGAACACCGAGCAGGAGCUUUCCAUUCAACCUCGACACAGACUUUCCGUUGUCAUGAAACAAGCAUGGAAGAUGGGGACGUUCUGGUACACUUUGGCUCUUCGAAGUCCAAUGGGGCUUGCUCGAGUAUUCUACGAUCACAUCCAGCCGAUACUCGCUAACGGGCAUGAAGACAACGAUGGGUUUUACCCAAUUAUGAUGGAAUAUUGGACCAUUGAUACGAGGACGUUCAUUGAGAGGAAACUAGCAGAUAAGGAGGCCUAUGACAGGAAGCUCCGUCAGGCGUUUGAGGACAAAGUAGAAAAUCCCCGUUAA